AUGGGGAACGCACAAUCAGGAUCUGCCCUCACGCGCACCACUGUGGCAUUAGAUUCAUUUGUAGCUGAGCUUGGAGGGGACAUUAUAUUUGAGAAGAAUUUGCGGUCAGCACGGUUCUUGAAGACAGUCAAAUGCCGGCACAGGAAUGGAUACUUGGUGGUCAAGAUCUUCAUCAAACCAGACCCCGGAGUCUCGUUGCGGACACACCAUCGACGGCUUAAAUUGGACAAGGAGGCCUUAGCUGAUAUCGUCAACGUCUAUAGCUAUCAAGCAUUUGUGGAGACUGAGAAAGCUGGUUAUAUUAUCAGACAGUGGCUGGCGAGCAGUUUGUAUGAUCGAAUAAGCACACGACCUUUUCUCAGCGUAGUCGAGAAGAAAUGGAUUUCCUUUCAGCUCCUGAACGCACUACGCGAUGCAAGGAAUCGCAAGAUAUCCCAUGGCGACAUCAAGUCGGAGAAUAUCAUGGUCACGUCCUGGAAUUGGAUCUACCUCACCGACUUUGCUUCAUACAAGCCUACUUAUCUUCCGCUAGAUGACCCUGCCGACUUCUCUUUCUUCUUUGACAUGUCUGGACGUCGGACAUGUUAUCUCGCACCUGAAAGAUUCUAUACUCAGGCCACCAAUCCGGAGAUUAGCGCCAAAAAGUCAAGAAUCGCAAUGGAAGAAGUUGAAGGCAAAAGGGACGGGAAGGUCACAGAAGCCAUGGACUGUUUUAGUGCUGGUUGUGUUAUUGCCGAACUAUUUCUUGAAGGAGCGCCGUUGUUCACUUUAAGCCAGCUCUUCAAAUACCGAGAAGGAGAUUACAAAGUAGAUGGACAACUCGCUGCAAUUAACGACGAAGGCGUUCAAAAUCUCAUAAAGCUUAUGAUCAAUCUUGACCCAUCUGAACGUCCUACAUUCGACACUUUACUGCAUACAUCGCGAGGAACAGUCUUCCCCGAAUCAUUCUAUUCAUUUCUACACAACUAUGUUUCUUCCAUCAAUGAGCUAUCAAGCGAUACUUUGGCUGUUAACAAUCCACCCACCUCUGCAUCGUCAUUGAGCCACUCCCCUAUCCAGCCUCCUCUGUCGGCUACAAUGAGAACAAGUUCUUCUGGUCAACUCAAUUCUUCUGGAGCGGGGAAUGAAGGAAAGAACGAUACGUUACCCAGCGACUCUGAUCACCGCAUAGAAAGGAUAUGGGAAGAUUAUGAGAGUAUUGAGCCCUAUAUUAUUCCUGAAGUCGAUCCGAAUCUCGAUUCAGACCCGCUUCCUGAAUUUUUGACUAGCGUAACUGCGCCAGUGAGGCCCUUCCAGGACGUACUUCCAGUGGAGCUUCACAUUCCUAAUCGUGAUUCCAGUCUUAGGAAUCCAGUCAACAGACGCAGUAGUGCUGCGAAUGAAGAUGGCCCUCCGCUGAUCAUACUCGCUCUCGUCACUGCCAACAUUCGUAACUGUAGCCUUCCAAGCAAUAAAAUACGAGCUCUCGAUGUUUUCCUUGCAUUGGCUUGCCACUUAACAGACGAAGCGAAAUUGGACCGCAUGGUUCCAUAUAUUGUGGAACUACUCCACGACGAUGCCGCUCUCGUCCGUUCUGCGGCUCUGCGCACGUUGAUGCAAACACUUAUGCUCGUUACUGUCAUUACGCCGUCAAAUGUUUCUAUCUUCCCAGAAUAUAUUAUACCCCACAUUAAGCAUUUGGUCCAAGAUCCCGAGGUUUCAGUGCGAAGCACAUAUGCUCAGUGUAUAGUCCAGUUGGCAGAUACAGCAGUCCGGUACCUAGAGAUGGGACAAGCUCUCAAGGCGCACGGGGCCUUCCAAUCUACUGCUGAAGGACAUGAAUACGAGAAUGCGAAUUUCGAGGUUUCUUAUGACGCCAACAUGCAGGAAUUACAAGGUCACAUUCAAGAACAUCUUUCCGCUCUUCUCAUGGAUCCCUCUAGCAUUGUCAAGCGUGCAGUUCUCCACGACAUUUCAUCUCUGUGCAUUUUCCUUGGAAGGCAAAAGACUAACGAUGUCCUGCUAAGCCACAUGAUUACGUAUCUGAACGACAAGGAUUGGCUGCUACGGUACGCAUUCUUUGAAAGCAUCGUGGACGUCGCCGCCUGUGCAGGCGGUCGGAGCUUGGAAGAAUACAUCUUGCCGCUAAUGGUGCAAGCACUAUCCGACGUUGAAGAGUCUGUGGUAGCGAAAGUUUUGGCGGCUCUUACGAGUUUGUGCGAAUUGGGACUGUUCCAGAAAAUGCGCAUAUGGGAAUUGAUGAGUGCGACAUUGGGCUUUCUUUACCAUCCAAAUAUUUGGAUACGACAAGGAGCGGCGGCUUUCAUCACCUCAGCAGCACAACAUCUUCCACCCAGCGACAUUUGGUGUAUUCUGUACCCUUCUUUGAGACAUUUUUUGAAGUCGGACAUAGAGCAUAUUAAUGAACAAAGCCUUCUGGUUGCCAUGAAGCCACCGUUGCCAAGGCAAAUCCUAGACGCUGCAGUUCAGUGGGCGAUGAAAGCAGACAAAUCGGCAUUCUGGCGCGGGCCUCGAAGAUCUACGAAGCAGGUUGAAUCACCUCGAGAAAGCGUGAUAUCUAUGCGCAAAACUGGGAACGCAGGCAUUGCAAGAAAUAGAUCAGAAGAGGAUGAAGCACAACUUACAAAACUUCAACAACUUGGAAUGACACCAAGCGAUGAAAACAAAUUACUUGCACUGAGGGAUUAUACUCUCAAGCUUGCAAAUGCAACAUCGAGUUUCGCUUCUCGUUUGAACUACGAGCCUGACACCGGUAAAAGCCUGAAGGUGGUUGGCAACAUAGAACUACAGAAGCUAGGUGUAGUACCGCAGACAGUCUUCUUGAGGGCUCGAAACAGCGAUAUAGCUCCUCGAUCGUCUCGUUUGUCCAUCUCUUCAAGAAAGGCCAAUACCGCAUCAACAUCACGAACUCCAUUGCUUAGUCCUAACCGACAACACCGAUUUUCCAAUGACGCUGGCGCACCCUUUGAAGACCUCCGAAGGCGGUUAGCCACAAUCAAUGCAUCGGCUUCCUCGUUAAGUGUUACAAACACUCCUCGCGAUACUCGUAGCACGCUAUCUCCCGCAGCUAAUUCAUCUUCGACAUCUCUUUCUGGUGGCCCUCAAACAUUACCCGAUCGUCCACCAAGUCCCACGGAAUCUAUCGUAUCAACUUCAAAUUCAGUAUCCUUGAGGCCAGCCAGCAGACUCCAAGUUGGAAGUACAGAUGGCCAGAAGGCCGCUCCUGCCGUCGGUUCCUCGAAAACAAAUGCCACCGGAUUGUUGGAGGCACAUUUCAAGAUUCGGCCAGAAGGAUCUCCUGACGAAUCGGGACGGUCAUCACCUAUGUCCAUGUCUGCGACUUUACGCGCUCCGCGGCAGAUGCGCAAUCCUUCGUCACUAGCAAUUUCAACAUAUGAUGGCCAAGAACCAGGCAUUAGCAACAUGCUUGAAAACCUCUACCUGGAUAACAAUCGCGAAUUGCAGCAAGACUUUGGACCGAGAGUUCACGAAGGCCCCAUUCGCCGACGAAAUGUAAACCGUCCAUCCUAUGCACGUGACGGUAACAAACGUGUAGAAGCCAAUCUCAUCGCCAAUAUCUCGUCCCAUUCUGAAGCCAUUACUGGGUUCGCAGUUUCUCCCGACCACACAUUCUUUGUGUCCUCUUCGGAUGAUAAGACUGUGAAAGUAUGGGAUACAGCCAGAUUGGAAAGGAAUGUGACCAGCAAGCCCCGGCAUACUUAUGGUCAACAUCAUGCUCGAGUUAAAUGCGUAUGCAUUAUUGAUGGUUUUCAUUGCUUCGCAAGUGCUGCUGAUGAUGGAAGUCUUCAUGUUGUACGAGUACACAUAACGCAGAGUGGUGCUCUACCUAAAUACAGUAAGCUGCAAGUAAUCCGAGAACACCGAGUCGAGAACGUCGGCGAAUAUAUCACUUGUAUGACGCAUUAUAGCACUGAUUCGGCAUCGAUUCUUGUAUAUGCAACCACUCAUUCGGUGAUCGCUAUUCUUGACCUUCGGACCAUGCGUAUAUUGCAGACCAUGGAGAAUCCCAGGCAUUAUGGUCCAAUAACAUCCAUGUGCAUAGAUAGAAAGCGAGCUUGGAUUGUCGUUGGCACCUCGACUGGCGUUCUAACUCUCUGGGACAAACGGUUUGGCCUUCUGAUUCGGAGUUGGCAUGUUGGGGCAGCAGCAGCGGGAAGGUCCAAUAGGAUCCACCAAUGCGCAAUACAUCCCUCCAAAGGGCGAGGCAAAUGGGUAAUCGUCGCCCUGGAGUCGUCCAAGAAAAGCGCAGAUCGUACCUCCACACAGCUGGUGGAAGUUUGGGAUAUAGAGAACGCUGUCUUGAUGGAAACAUUCAUGACGCGGGUGGGCUCUCCAACAGACCCUGUGCCAGAGCCACCGCAGGUCACAGGUACAGACGCGGAGACCACACCUGCAGCCGCCAUCGCAGCCCUUGUGCGUUCUCGCCAGAACAGUGGAAACCAACACGACCCGUCACGGUCAUCUCCACGAGAAGAACUUCCUCAACCCCCUGCGCCAGAUGUCCGAGCCCUAGUGGUCGGCUCGGAUUUCGGUGGGUAUUCUACGAUUCCCAGGUCUGAAUUUGCCGAAUUGGAUUCGACUUCUGCGCGACCGACAAGUCGCGGAUUCGUGAUCACAGGUUCAGACGACUGGAAAAUCCGUCUCUGGGAUUUAGGCAAACUUGAUCGGACAGCCGUACUUAGUGGAAUCGAAAAUGAGAGUGAAACGCCCUCUUACAGCACUUCUACUUCGACUGCGACUACUGGCGGUGCCACUUGUUUUGUUGAAACGUGGCCACGAUCGCCCGCCAGCAGCUCUUCAAAUCGACCCCCUCAGAGGAUAUCUCUCAUAACGCACAGCCAACAAAAUUUGUUGAAGAACCACCAGGAUGUGAUAACCGCUUUGGCUUGUAUAGAUUCACCGUUCCGAGGCGGAAUUAUUAGCGGCGAUCGCGCAGGCGUGAUAAAAGUCUGGAGGGUCGACCUGGUUGACCAAUCACCUUGA